AGUCUUGCCGAGGUCUUCUCUGUUGCUAAUUAACAUUUCGAAUUUUUGAGAGUAAAUUGAGGCGAAUAAAUUGAUUAAAAACUCACCUUGUUCGAGAGAGAAUUACAAGGUCACCAAAACCGUCACGCCAAGUUAAGCCAACACCAAACAUGUAUUUAAUUGGAAGUGUUUGGAAAAUAAAUUAUGUCAAGACGAUUGGAACCUUUUUCCGGGUGUGACCGCUAGGUUUUUUUUUUUUUUUUACCGUGGAGGGGGGAAGAAGGCACACAGAUACCAAUGUUUGGAAGUCAAAUAUGACUUUCCUGUGAAUAUUUUGUCUCAUAUUUCCAGCCGAAUAAGGACGAAAUCAGCGGACAGUCACGGUGGUGAGGCGUAGUCAUGGACACCACCACCUCUCUGAAGAUGACCACUCUGGCCACCCAGAGCCUGUUCAGCUACGUUGAGGAGAACAACGUGCCAGCCAUAAAAGCCCACCUGGACAAGUUCAAGGAGGUGGACAGCAGGAGCGAGAAUGGUCAGACUCUCCUCAUGGUGACGUCAGAGCAGGGCAACAUAGAGAUGGUCCAGGAGCUCAUCAGGAGAGGAGCCAACGUCAACCUGGACGACGUGGACUGCUGGACGGCACUUAUCUCAGCGGCUAAGGAGGGCCAUGUGGAGGUGGUGAAGGAGCUGCUGGCCAACAAUGCCAGCCUGGAGCACCGGGACAUGUGUGUGUGGUGUGUGUGUGUGUGUGUGUGUGUGUGUGUGCGCGCGCCUGUGUGGUUUACUGUACAGGGGGGAUGGAGUGCCCUCAUGUGGGCUUCCUAUAAGGGUCGUGUGGAGGUCACCCAGCUACUGUUGGAGAAAGGAGCUAUCCCCAACAUCACUGGCCAGUACAGCGUCUACCCCAUUAUCUGGGCGGCUGGACGAGGCCAUGCUGAUAUAGUGCAUCUCCUGAUUCAUCACGGAGCUAAAGUCAACUGCUCUGACAAGUAUGGCACUACCCCGUUGAUCUGGGCAGCCAGGAAGGGCCACUAUGACAGUGUGAUACACCUGCUGGUCAAUGGGGCCGAUGUGGACCAGGAGGGAGCGAAUUCCAUGACCGCUCUGAUCGUGGCUGUGCGGGGUGGUUUCAAUGAGGUGGUGAAGGAGCUUCUGAAGAGGAACCCCAACGUCAACAUGACAGACAAGGACGGCAACACGGCCCUGAUGAUCGCUGCCAAGGAAGGCUACACUGAGAUAGUCCAGGACCUGCUGGACGCUGGCACCUACGUCAACAUACCAGACAGGAGUGGGGAGACGGUGCUGAUCGGAGCAGUGCGAGGAGGCCACGUGGAGAUCGUCAGAGCCCUCCUAAACAAAUAUGCCGACAUUGACGUCAGGGGACAGGAUAGUAAGACUGCCCUCUACUGGGCAGUGGAGAAAGCGAACGCCACCAUGGUGAGAGACAUCCUCCAAUGCAACCCGGACACUGAGAGCUGCACCAAGGACGCAGAGACCCCUUUGAUCAAAGCCACCAAGAUGAGGAAAAUUGAGAUAGUGGAGCUGCUCCUGGACAGAGGGGCCAAGGUGGCUGCUGUGGACAAGAAAGGCGACACGGCCCUUCACAUUGCCAUCAGGGGGCGGAGCCGCAAGCUGGCUGAGCUCCUCCUGAGGAACCCUAAAGAUGGCCGCUUGCUCUACCGCCCGAACAAGGCCGGCGAGACGCCCUACAACAUCGACUGCACCCACCAGAAGAGCAUCCUCACUCAGAUCUUUGGAGCCAAGCACCUGUCUCCCUCCGAGUCUGACGGUGACAUGCUGGGUUAUGACCUGUACAGCAGUGCCCUGGCAGACAUCCUCAGUGAGCCCACCAUGCAGCCGCCCAUCUGUGUGGGCCUGUACGCCCAGUGGGGCAGCGGCAAGUCCUUCCUGCUCAAGAAGCUGGAGGAUGAGAUGAAGACAUUUGCAGGCCAGCAGAUUGAGCCUCUGUUCCAGUUCUCGUGGCUGGUGGUGCUCCUGUCCCUGCUGCUGUGUGGUUCUGUAGCUCUUGUCCUGGGCUUCACCGUCGACCCCCGCCUGGCCAUCGCCGUCUCCCUCAGCCUCCUCACCCUGCUCUACGUCUUCUUUGUGUUGGUGUACUUCGGGGGUCGUCGUGAGGGGGAGAACUGGAACUGGGCGUGGGUCCUCAGCACCCGUCUGGCCCGCCAGGUGGGCUACCUGGAGCUGCUGCUCAAACUCAUGUUUGUCAACCCCCCCGAGCUGCCAGAGCAGACGACCCGCGCCCUGCCUGUCAGGUUCUUGUUCACAGACUACAAUCGUCUGUCCAGUGUGGGAGGGGAGACCAGCCUGGCAGAGAUGAUAGCCACCCUGUCUGAUGCCUGUGAGAGGGAGUUUGGCUUCAUGGCCACCCGCCUCUUCAGGGUGUUCAAGAACGAGGAGAACCAAGGUAAGAAGUGGAAGAAGACUUGCUGCGUGCCCAGCUUCAUGCUGUUCGUCGUGACACUGGGCUGCCUGAUCACAGCCAUGGCGCUGCUGGCCAUCUUUAAGGUGCAGCGGGAGAACCUGACGGUGAACGCGGUGCUGAUCGCCAUGGCCAGCGUGGUGAGCCUGGCCCUCCUGUUGAACUGUAGGACCUGGUGGCAGGUGGCUGACUCCGUCCUCAACUCCCAGAGGAAGAGGCUGCACAGUGCCGCCAACAAGAUGCACAAGCUCAAGAGCGAGGGAUUCAUGAAGGUGUUGAAGCAUGAGGUGGAGCUGAUGUCCAAGAUGGCCAAGACCAUCGAUGGCUUCACCCAGAACCAGACCCGCAUGGCGGUCAUCAUUGACGGCCUGGAUGCCUGUGAACAGGACAGAGUGCUGCAGAUGCUCGACACGGUGAGGGUGCUGUUCUCCAAAGGCCCCUUCAUCUCCAUCUUUGCCAGCGACCCCCACAUCAUCAUCAAGGCCAUCAACCAGAACCUGAACAGCGUGCUCAGGGACUCCAACAUCAACGGCCACGACUACAUGAGGAACAUCGUCCACCUGCCUGUUUUCCUCAACAGCCGGGGGCUAAGCACGACCAGGAAGCUGUGCACGGCCGCCCCCACCUCCAACGGAGACCUGGCCAACCCUGAGGGAUGGCACGAGGAGAUGGACAGGAACCUGUCCUCCAACAGUCUGGGGGACCAGGCCAAGUUUGGCAGCAAGACGGCCCUCAACCGCAGGCAUUGCUGCACCGUUCGGCAAGCAGCACCUAUUGUGGUCCUCCAGACAGCAUUCCACUCAUUCUGGACUCGCAGACAAUCCAGAAAAGAGGACACGUACCGCAGGAGGCAGAUGCAGAGGACUGUUACCAGACAGAUGUCCUUUGACCUGACCAAGCUGCUGGUCACCGAGGACUGGUUCAGUGACAUCAGCCCCCAGACCAUGAGGAGGCUCCUGAACAUCGUCUCUGUCACAGGACGUCUGCUGAGGGCCAAUCAGAUCAUCUUUAACUGGGACCGUCUGGCGUCGUGGAUCAACCUGACGGAGGAGUGGCCCUACAGGACCUCCUGGCUCAUCCUCUUCCUGGAGGAGACCGACGGCAUCUCAGACCAGGUCCCCCUGAAGACCAUCUAUGAGAGAAUCUCCAAAAACAUCCCCACCACCAAAGACAUAGAGCCCCUGCUGGAGAUCGACGGGGACAUCCGUAGCUUCGAGGUGUUCCUGUCCUCUAGGACGCCCGUCCUCACGGCGCGCGACGUGGAGAUGUUCCUCCCCUGCACCGUCAACCUGGACCCCAAACUCCGGGAGAUCAUCGCAGAUGUUCGUGCUGCCAGGGAGCAGAUGCACAUUGGAGGAGUGACCUAUCCCACGCUGCCCCUGCAGGACGUCCCAGCCCGCGCCUCUUCUGCCUUCGGCCAGCACUUGGCCGCCUGCUCCCCCACGGGCUCCUUCACUGGCUCCCUGCCCCCCCCAGGGCUAGUGCCCUCCCAGCCCCACAGCAGUUACUACAGCAUGCCCGCCCCGCAGCACCCCUUCUACACCCGGCCUUAUUUCCCCCAUCAUGAGUAUCACCUACCCCGGCAUCAAUACAGCUCCCGUCCUCACCCUGCCCCGUCCCAGUCACGCCCCUCCAUUAAAGCAGGCUACCCCAGGGACCCCAAUGGACUUGGUUCUGGCUCCGGGGUACCAGGCGCCCCUGUGGUACUCCUCAGCUCUCUGAACACGGACGUGGUGUGUGAGCGCGUCACACACAUCGACGGCAUGGACCCUAGCAUGCUGGCCCAGUACACCGCCACCAUCAAGAAGGCCAAUGUGAAUGGCCGGGUGCUGUCUCAAUGCAACCUGGAAGAGCUGAAGAAAGAGAUGAACAUGAACUUCGGCGACUGGCAACUCUUCAGAGGCAUGGUGAUGGAGCAGCGUCAUGGAGAGAGCCAGGCCCUGCAGGAUGAGUCUCAUGCGGCCAGCGAGCAGGGCAGCAGCGUAGUCAACGUGGAGACGGCCAGGCACCAGGGAGCUCCCCACGAGGUGGGCAGCUACAGCUUCAACCUCAGCUUCGAGGAGCUGAGUAACGCAGGCCUGGGUCUGGAGGAGCCCCCGAGACCCACUCAGCACUGGCCCGUGGCGGCCACCCACCGCACCCCCAGCAUGUCCAGCCUCAACUCCCAGGAGUCGUCCAACGAUAUCUGCAAGCUGACGGACAAGCAGCAGGCAGAGUACCGUGACGCCUACCGCGAGUACAUCACCCAGAUGACCCAGCUGGACGUGGCCGGAAGCGGGGGAGAGAAGCCCGUCCAGCCCCACCCGGGCCAGUUCCUCCAGAGCCGAGAGGCCCGAGACCCAGAGGAAAAGGACAAAGACGGGGCCGAGCAGGAGGGACGCAAGCCCUCUUUCUCCACCAAGAGAGGGGCUAAAGCUACGGAUGCGGUCGAUACAGAUGCCCCCCUGGACCCCAUCAGCGAAGAGGACGAGAAGAUGUAUUCCAGCUCCUCCAAAGCAGGGGGCUCCAAGGUGAAGGGAGCAGGGCCUCGAUACCACAAAGUCCCCAGUGACGAGGAGUCAGACAACACCCCUCUGCUCCAGGAAGAAGGGAAGGAGGGGGGAGCCCAAGCGACAUCCGACAUUGUCCAGGACAAGAAGGACUCGUCUGACUCUGGGCUGAGGUCUGGUGAGAGCUCCUCGGACCACUCCCUAGAGGAAGCCGAAGAGGUUAAUAAAGCAGACCUGAUAGAGCUGGAGCUAGAAUGUCUGGUAAAGAAGAGGGGCCUGCUGUCCAGCAGUCUGAGUGGACUCCAGGAUUCCACCAUCGCCCGCAUGUCCAUCUGCUCUGAGGCCCCGUCCGAGGGCAGCCUAAUGGCCUCCAGCCCCGACGAAGCCUGGUUCCCCGCCAGCUUGUCCAUGAGCAACCUCAACCACGCCUCCAGCACCACCACACUCAACAACAACAGCAACAACGCUGCCACCACCAACACCAGCCAAGACAACCAAGACACAGAGAGCUCCACCCCAGGCUCCAGCACUGCCUCAACCACGGGGCCCAUCCACAACCAAAACCUGCGUGGGAACAUCCUCAAGAGGGCCCUGAGCACCGGGGGGGCCCUCGAGGGACGCACAGGUGCCCCUGAUGCCAUUAUUCUGGAGGAUGAGAGGGAGAGUGUCCUGUGAGAGUGUCCAGGCCUUUGAGGUCCCGUAGAUGUUGCUUGAUGUGCUUCUGAAAAAUAAAGGUCCUUACAAAUCUGUUACAUUGAUAUAGAUGGCAAUAAAAACAGGCCUAUUAAUCUGCAAAUUAAUUUUUUAAAAUACUGAAGGUUGUUAGAAAAUUUGAGAGAAAAUGUUACAGCAUUCAACCAAAAUAAGCAUGGAUUAAAACGAAGGAGAUCACCUUGUUUGCCAACCAUAAAAAUAUGAAAUAAUGUGGGUUGAUAAAUGAAUGUCCUGGCUUGUAGACAAACCAAAAAUACAUCAAGAACUCAGGAUACAUUUUGUGAAAUAAUUUGAAAGUUAAUGACAUCAGACUAAUAUGGAAUAAGUCAAAUUUUUAAAUGUCCCUGUAAUUCAGUUAGAUGUUGUGCUGUCAUGUUCGUUUUUGCUGUUGGAAAAGGGUAGUGAAUUGUGGAGUGAUGUGAUUGUGGAUCCGUAUGAAUGUUGUGUUUUUGGUGUGGUGUUGGUUCGAUGUUGUAUACUGUACUUCAUUAUAGCUUACUGAAAAAUCAGAAUUGGCUUUGUGCUUAAACUACAUUUUCCUCAAUUGUAGUUAUCAAGUAGGCUACCAGUGAAAAUGUGCCAUGUUCAAACAUGAGUUAAUUGGUGUCGUAUUGCUGUGAAUUCAUAUGUGACUGAAAGGUCUUUUUUUCCAAACAAUCUGAUGUUUUGUGCUGUAAUUAUAGAUUUAAAACCUAUGAACAGUGUGGUAAACUACUGUUUCUGUGGUAUGAAAAAGUGUGUUCCAUGCACUACUGAUAUGUCUCAGGGUCUGAGCCUUUUUCAGAGUGCAAUGUGAAACAAUAAACAUCUUGGCUGUCA